GUUAGUCGUGCAAUAUGUAGUGAAGAAAAUUAGGUUACUAAGAUUUGUUAUCGAUUUAACCGUUUCUAAGGAAAGUCCAAACAGAAUUUUAUCAAUAAAAUCAGUGUCGUUGUUACGCUCCUGUGUGCUGACUGCUGUGUUUGUAUAAUUUGCUUGAACAAUAAAUAUGUCUAAAUUAGAUGAUAUAUUUGAUAAAAAGAAAGAUGAAGCACCUAUGUUGGAUUUGUCUAAAACUGUGAUAAACACUGCGGAGGAAUAUAGAGCCGUGUUAGACAAAGUGCCGGACUUCAAAACAAGACCCGAGAAGGUUCGAGCUGAAGACAUUAAAAUCAAAGAUAAAGUUGAUGAUCAAAAAACAAAAACGCCAAAAAAAGAGAUACGAGCCUACGAGAAACUAGGCACGCGUGGUUAUGAAGAGAAGCAAUUCACUUUCAUGGAUCCAAUACCGUCUGAAAUGCGUGGACUGAAAUUUGAAGAAUUGUGUGCUGUCCAAAUAGAAUGGAGAAUGCUAACUUCCAUCAGGCCUAAAUUAAAGCUUGACGAAGAAUAUUUUAAUAGAUUAAUCGAACUAGGCAAAGCUGAAUUAAAAACAAGAGCAAGAGAUAAAAGAGAACUAGCAAAAAACAAUAUGAUAAGAAGAACCAAAAAUCGUUCGGGCGUGACGGAGACGAGGAUCGUCACUUGUUCCGAAUGUGGCGAAGAGUAUUGCAACGGUAAAAUGUGCGUGAUCACCAACUACGACAUGUUCGCGCGUCUCAAAGUGGAGGUGGAGGCGAAGUCGACGAAGCAAGCGGCGCCGGCGGCGGGCGGCAAGUCCCGCCGCGUCAAGAAGCGCGGGCGCCGCAAGCCGCGCAGCAAAAGCGCUGCGUCCGCUGCACGCAGCACUAGCCGCAACAAGUCGGGCGCCAAAAGCGACUCCGAACUGUAGACAUGGGUACUUGACCACAGUCCAUUGACACACUUUUUACGAGCUGUCAUUUGUGUUGCAAUUCGAGUUAAGACGUUACAUAUUUGGAAUUAUUGGAUAAUUAUUAAGACCUUGAGACCAUAAACUAUAAACCAAUAAUAUUAUCUCUCAACUUCUCGAAAACAUCAUUCUAGCUCUGAAAAUCCACAUACUUUUCAAACAUGACAUUUUAUUGCA